GCUGGAUGUCCGCUCACUUCCCGCUAGAGAUCCGUCCGCAAACCCACACGUUUGAAGAUGCUUGGCUAUAUUUAACCAUAUCUAAACCAUUUGCUGUUUAAUGCAACGCAUUCUCAUGGCGUCUGUUCAGCAAUCAAGAAUUCAGUCAUACCUGGAGAAGAAUAAAAUCGGACCCUUGUUUGAGGAGAUGAUGACCAAGCUGAUAACUGAGACACCAGAUCACCCCAUCCCUUUCCUCAUUGGCCAUCUGCAAACCAAACAGGAGAGCCCCGGCAGGAUUCAGAGGACCCUGUCGGGAUCUGCUGCACUGUGGGCUGAGAGCUCCUCAGAAUACAAAGGUGCACGGCGGGACUCCAGGGGUAAUGAAAAGCCCUGGCAGAUCCAUCCCAAGAAGCCCAAGAAAUCAAAGAGUGACCUGGCUGUGUCCAACAUUUCCCCACCCUCUCCCGAGUCUAAAUCAUUGCCUCGUUCAAUACUGCGUCCUACCUGGGACUGGAGGACUAAACCUGAGGGUCGAGACUUUAAUGAGUUCAAUCACAUACUGCAGGAGAGCAAGAAGCUUGGCAAAGCCCUGGAGAAUCUGUCCCGCAGCAUUGCUGUUUCUGACGACUUUGAUCUGGACCCUCGGGCGUAUAACUCUGUACAGAGGCCUCGCGUGGUGGGUGAGUGGGUGGGCCGCGAGGAGGAAGAUUCAGACCCCCUUGCGGCUGAGAUGCUUCAGCCCCCUGUCCCAAGAGCCAAAACUGAGGGUUGGGCGAGCAAAGACAACAGUCCUGUUGGAAGCUUGAAAAUGGAGACGAAGGGUAAAGGACUAAAACAGCAGCAACAGAAUCACAAGAAACUUCUGGCAGCCAUGUUGUCUCAGGACUCGUUUGACUCCAUGCCUGACUCGGCCCCCUCAGUCACUGAAGACGAGAUGGAAGAUGAGGAUGAUGCCAUGGAGCUGCUAGAGGAUCUGGAUGACCUGCGAAUGGAGGGGGUCACUGGCCUGUUGCCGUCUGGCAGUAAGUUCAGCCAGGGCCGCAGCUCCUACUGUUCAGAACCCCAGGCCAAAGUCACUCUCAACAUCUGCUCAAGGUGUGCAAGGCUUCAAGGGGACAGUCUAACUGCAAGGCCUGAAGAGGAACCCCAUGUCCCGGAGCAAGCCGUGCCAGAAAUACCUUGGCCGUGUAAGUACCUCACAAGCAAGACCGUAGAAAACCCCACCCUGCUUUUCUCCUCUCAGACGAUCCCCUUAAAUCACAGGUCAUAUCCAGAAAGAGCAGAUUCAUGUCCAUUACCUGCGGUGACAGAAACCCUGACAGCACCAGAAGAUCUGCAGACGGCCUCUCAGGUGACAGGGCAGCGUCACCUUGUCUGGGCAUCGGAUGUGAAGCCGAUCAGAGGCACGAGCCCCCAGACACCCAGACGUGCUCUGCAACUCCAGGACUCGCUUUUCUCCAAAGAACUGGAGAACAUGGGCAAACAUCUUGCCGAGGUGGAGAAGGACUUGGCCAAGCUGGCAGAGCAAGGGAAGCUGAACCGAAGUCCAAACAGCCCUCAUAGGAGUUUGCUUUUAACCCCCCUCUUCCACACCACCAACACUCUGCCUGUGCUCGGACAGGCGUCCAGACCACAGUCUCCCAGCAGCCUUUCCACAAAGACCACAGGCCUGCCCCUUCACAACACUAAGCCCACAAGCCUAGUCAUGGGCCGGACAUCUCCCAGCAACCCCAGCAGCCGUGCCCAGACCCCUAGUGGAGCACGGACACCAAGCAGACCUUUGACCCCCAAUAGUCUCAUGAUGCGCUCGUUGACUACCGGAAGUCAUGGAAACACAGAACGCUUGUACGGGCGCUCUAGAAGUAGACCUGUCACGCCGACAGGACAGAUAACCAGACCAAUCCUCACACCGCCAGGCCUGAGCACUACUGAUUUAUAUGGAGGUCUAUGGAGCACACUGACAGAGGAUGAGUUUUACCAGCAGUUGCAGGCCGUCAGGAAGCCCUGGCGCAUCCCUAGCGACACAGAGAGUGACUGUCUGGAACCACCUGAACAGGACAACUGUAAUCCAAGUGGAGUGAGGGAUGCCAGCAAGAGAUCGGUGUUCUCAGGCUUGUAACGGUGUGUAUGGAGGACACAGAGCCAAUCAAACAUUUAUGCAAUUUAAACGGGCAUUCGAAUAGUGCGAGUCAGCAAGAGACACUUAUUUUUUUUAUUUUGACCAGAGGAAAGAUUGUGUACUUUUUCCACAGAUGCCAAUAUUUCUUAGAAAUAAAACCAUUACAACCAUUUGAAAUUCUAGAAUGUAAUGUGUUUAUCAGAAAAAGAUAAGCCUGCACUUGAACUUUUUUGUCUGUUAGCAUGCUUCUUGUCUGAUCAUAAACGUAUUUAUUGCUGCCUUGCAUUAAUAAACACAAUUUAUCACAUGAUGUGCCAAAUCAAUAGUUGAUAAAGGGAUUUUUGAAAAGCCUUUUCAAUAAAAAUCAACAAAACUGGACGUUUUGUGGCAUUAGCAGAGUAUUUUUUGAAUGUUACAAAUGUUCCUGUAUGUGUAAUGUUGGACAUGCACAGCACUGCCCCUGCUGACCUCAGCAUGACACUCUCUCAUUCCCAACAGCAUUGUGUGUCUACAACUGGAGAGGACACAUUUCUAAUGAACUUACUUUGACUUUUAUACCCACAGAAAUAUAUGUAGCCUGUUACACCUGUUAUAUCCUUGUAUAAUGCUAAAUAAAAAGAUUUGUAUAAAGUUUG